CGUCCAGAGAGUAAAAAAAAAAAAAAAACGUAAGACAAUGGCGAUUUUGAAGGCGAUGAAGAUCUGGGUUUGAAUGUUCGAUUCUGUCAUGGAUGGGGGACGAGGAGAGGAUCUCCUUCGAUCUCUGCAGGUUAAGGUUGAGAGGAAUCAGAUGGGAAAUUUGAUUCUCUCUGGUCAAAGGCUGGCUCUGCGGGAUUCAGUUUGUGAUGUUUAUGAGGAUUUCUUUGUAAUGGCGAAUCUCUAUGAUUCGUUCAGAUUGAUCUCAGUUACUCAUUUCUGGGGGAUUCGAAAAUCUGAGAUUAUGGGGUCGGAAUUGGUAUCAGAUGGAGAUUUGUGGGGAUUAAAGCCAACGAUUUCAUUUUUGGGUUCUAAGGAUUCGUUUUCAAGAUUCCAUAUCUCGAUUUGGAGUGGAUGGGGACGACGUCGAUACUCUUCACUAGUUGUGGACAGGGUCGGUUCUUUAUUGUUAGAUUUGGGGUUCUACAAGGAGAGGUUGGUCUUCGUGAAGGUUAAUACCUUGAUUUUGUCGGAUUUGCUGUGUAAGGGAAUUCUUAUUCUGGUUAAGGAUUUGAUUCCGUUUGAGCAGAUUUGGCUUAGUUCAGGGGUUUUAAUUUUGAUAUGGUUGGUGAUUGAGUUUGAGAUUUUCUUCUCAUGGACUAGUUGGUGGAUACGGUUGUUUCUGCUUCUCGUUAGUAUCCAGAAUUAUUCGAUGUUAAGAUUUCUUCACAGGCUGGUUAGUGCAUUGAUUUUCAGAUUGGGUAUGAUCGAAUUUGGGUUGAGAAUCUCCUUGAUUCGGUUCGUUUUAAUUCCUGGGAUAUUGGUUGGUGCUGUGGUAUUUAAGCGAGAGUUUGAGGAUAGUUUUCGAAUCAUCUCAUUCUGUUUUUGCUUCUCGUUCCUUCUAGUUUUUGUAACUUUUCUCAGUGCUCAAUAUUUCUUUCCUUACCGAGUUAUGGCUCAAUUGGCGUUAAACAAGAACAAGAGUUCUCUGGUGCGUACGGAUACUGUGUCAAUUUCCAACUCGGUUUUGGCUAAGAGAAUCCAGCAGUUCUCAUUGACCCUCAUUGGCAGGCUAAUGAAUCCGGUGUGUCAGAAUAUGGAGUCCUUGUUAGCUAAUUUCCCUAAAAUCUGGAAAUUAGAGGAGAAAGUGGUGGGUGCCGAUUUAGGACAAGGUGUUUUCCAGUUUAACUUCGAGGAAGAAGAGGAUAUUUUGUCAGUUUUGCAGAAUGGUCCGUACCAUUUUAACGGUUGGAUGGUCUCGCUAGUGAGGUGGGAGCUAGUCAUUUCAUCAUCCUAUCCUUCAGCUAUUAAUUUCUGGGUUAAAGUGGCAGGGAUUCCCAUGCAUUUGUGGGAGGUGGCUAAUCUUGAAGCUAUUGGGAAGAAGCUUGGGAGGAUCCAAGAGGUUGAUGAGGAAACCGGCAGUCUUUGUGUGCCAGUCAAUGGUUUCAAUCCAUUGAUAUUAAAGAUGGUGGUGCCUUUUGCAACUGGUGAUGAGAUUAUAGUCUCCCUGGAGUAUGAGAAGUUGAAUGGGGUCUGUGAUCUUUGUUCUCGGAUCACUCAUGACACUAAAGUUUGUCCAAAGGUUCUUAAGGAGACAUCAGCUCCAAGUGCGGGAGGUCAGAGGGACAAUAGGGGUGGUCAAAGGCAAUUUCCUGCGAUGAAGCAAGAGCAGCAUCACAAUGUUGGGGGUUGGGAGAAGCCUAGGAAACAUGCCAAGCGGGCAUUAGAUUUCCAGUCGGUGGAUUCUAGUGAGAUUGGUUAUUUUCCUCAGCAGCGCUUUGGUGGCAAUGUUUUUCACGGUCAGGGUUCUCAUGGAUCUCGUCAUCAAGAGCGAUCCUAUGGACAGGUCUGGGGUCAGAAGAGGAGUUAUAAAGAGGUUGUAGGCCGCGAAGAAGGAUCUCGUCGAGGUACACAAACAGGGAAUGGGGAAGUUUCGGGGAAGGCACCCGGGUUCAUCCUGAACCGUAAGGGUGCUGGUCCGGCUUGGCCAAAACCUCUUUUCAAGGUGUAGCAGGCUGCUUUAGAGAGGAAUGGUCCGCUGCGGAUUGACAACAACUUGGGAGUUUCCAGUUCCAGCGAUCAACUUGUAGUCAAAGAGGUGGAGGGAAGUCCUCUUAAGGGUGAGGUGGGUGCUCCUUUGGCCAUGGAUUUCAAGGUUGAUAAUGAUGAUUUGCUAGAGGAUGGUGAGCUUGAUGACAUUGUCAAGGCGGAUAACAGUAUGGUCCAGGGGGAGGAUGUACCUCCUGCUCAGGGUACAGUGGGCCAGCCGGAUCAAGGGUAUGACUUCCAAGAUGGUCAAAUUACUGAGUCUCAGGGUGAUGCUGGCAGUGAUACGCAAGGUGACGGGAAUAAACAGAAGAUGGCGGGAAAACAGGGAAACAAUGCAGUGGGUGGUAAACCUUCGGAUGGAGGACGUCCAGGAAAGAAAGGGAUGGGGGCUCUCCCAAAACCGCCGGCUCGAACGUGAAGAUCUUGAGUUGGAACUGUCAGGGCAUAGGGGUUGAUCUGACAGAAGGAUAUCUGGGAGAUUUGUGGAAGCAACACCGGCCAGACAUUUUAUUUUUAUCAGAAACUAAAAAAUGUUCUUCUUAUUUACAAAAAUUUCAAAAGAAGUUUGGUUAUAAUAAUUUGUAUUCUGUUGAUCCCCAUGGUUCUAGUGGUGGGUUAGCUUUAUUUUUUCAUGAAUGAUAUAAAACUUUCUAUUUUAUAUGAGAGUAAUCGCAUUAUUGA